AUGGUGUUUAAAAGGUCUAACAAUGGGUGGCUUCUGCCAUUCGCGGCUAUUAUGUACGCGCUAUUUUUGAUCGUCCUUCCACUUUCUGCACACUCAAAAUCCUCUAGUGUGCUUGCAAGAGCAGCUGAAGCUGAGGAAAACUAUGGAACCGUCAUCGGUAUUGAUUUGGGUACUACUUAUUCAUGUGUCGCUGUGAUGAAAAAUGGUAAGACUGAAAUUCUUGCAAACGAGCAAGGUAAUAGAAUCACACCUUCUUACGUGGCAUUCACUGAUGACGAAAGACUGAUUGGUGACGCAGCCAAGAACCAAGUUGCUGCCAACCCUAAGAACACAAUUUUCGACAUCAAGAGAUUGAUUGGUUUGAAAUACAACGACAAAAACGUCCAGAGAGACAUCAAGCAUUUGCCAUUCGAUGUUGUCAACAAAUCUGGCAAGCCUGCUGUUCAAGUUACCGUGAAGGGUGAAGAAAAAACCUUCACUCCUGAAGAAGUCUCUGCUAUGAUCUUGGGUAAGAUGAAGCAAAUUGCCGAGGAUUACCUAGGUAAGAAAGUGACUCACGCUGUUGUAACCGUUCCAGCCUAUUUCAAUGAUGCCCAAAGACAGGCUACAAAAGAUGCUGGUACUAUUGCAGGUUUAAAUGUCUUGAGAAUCGUUAAUGAACCAACUGCUGCCGCAAUUGCUUAUGGUCUAGACAAGUCUGACGACGAGCACCAGAUCAUUGUGUAUGACCUGGGUGGUGGUACCUUUGACGUGUCUUUGCUAUCCAUUGAGAAUGGUGUUUUUGAAGUCCAAGCUACUGCUGGUGACACUCACUUGGGUGGUGAAGAUUUUGACUACAAGCUUGUGCGUCACUUUAUGAAACUUUUCAAAAAGAAGCAUGGUAUUGAUGUCUCUGACAACAACAAAGCUUUGGCUAAGUUGAAGAGAGAGGCCGAAAAGGCCAAGCGUGCUUUAUCCAGUCAAAUGUCUACCCGUAUUGAAAUUGACUCUUUUGUAGAUGGUAUUGAUUUCAGCGAGACCUUGACUAGAGCCAAAUUCGAGGAAUUGAACUUGGAUCUAUUCAAGAAGACUUUGAAACCAGUUGAAAAGGUUUUGGCCGAUGCUGGUCUUUCAAAGGCGGACAUUGAUGAUAUUGUUUUGGUCGGUGGUUCCACUAGAAUUCCAAAGGUCCAACAAUUACUAGAAUCUUACUUCGAUGGUAAGAAGGCCUCCAAGGGUAUCAACCCUGACGAGGCUGUUGCAUACGGUGCUGCAGUUCAGGCUGGUGUCUUGUCUGGUGAGGAAGGUGUAGAGGAUAUUGUGUUAUUGGACGUCAACGCAUUAACUUUGGGUAUUGAAACUACAGGUGGUGUCAUGACUCCAUUGAUCAAGAGAAACACUGCCAUUCCAACUAAGAAAUCACAGAUGUUCUCCACUGCCGUUGACAACCAACAAACAGUGAUGAUUCAAGUUUACGAGGGUGAGAGAGCAAUGGUGAAGGACAACAACAGACUGGGCCAAUUCGAGCUAACAGGUAUCCCACCAGCUCCAAGAGGUGUUCCACAAAUUGAGGUUACCUUUGCUUUGGAUGCUAAUGGUAUCUUGAAGGUUUCUGCAACUGACAAGGGAACUGGAAAAUCCGAAUCUAUCACUAUUACAAAUGACAAGGGCAGACUAACCCAAGACCAAAUCGAAAGAAUGGUGGAGGAGGCUGAAAAGUAUGCUUCAGAGGAUGCCGCUGUCAAAGCCAAGAUUGAAGCUCGUAACCAGUUAGAGAAUUACGCUCACUCUUUGAAAAACCAAGUUAAUGGCGAAUUGGCCGAUAAACUUGACGAAGAUGACAAGGAAACUUUGUUGGAUGCUGUUAAUGAUGUCUUGGAAUGGAUGGAAGAUAACAUGGAUUCUGCCGUUACUGAAGACUUCAAGGAAAAGUUUGAUUCCCUAUCUCAAGUUGCUUACCCAAUCACCUCGAAAUUGUAUGCCGGCGCUGGUGCCGCCUACGAUGAAGAUGAAGAAGAUGAGGACGAUGACGACUACUUCGAACACGACGAGUUGUGA